AUGUCUUUCCAAGCAGCUAUUGUGACACCAAAUGCUAAGCCUGAAAUUGUUCACAGGACGGCAAAUUAUCACCCUAGUAUUUGGGGAGAUCGUUUCAUCAAAUGCGAUUCCGAAGACAACAUAACUCGUGUCCUUAGGCAACAACAAGUUGAGGAGCUGAAAGCAGUAGUAAAGAGAGAAGUAUUCAAAAAUCAGGCAACUGAUUUUUCACAUCAACUGAAGUUAAUCGAUGCGAUCCAGUGCCUUGGUGUGGCUUACCAUUUCGAAACUGAAAUAGAAGAAACCCUAGAGCAUACUGAAGCUCGUGACAAUACGCAUGCUAAAUAUCAUGACUAUGAUGGUGACCUAUACAAUGUUUCUCUUGGUUUUCGGCUACUCAGGCAGCAUGGAUACAAUGUUUCAUGUGAUAUAUUCAACAAGUUCAAGGAUGCAAAUGGUAGCUUCAACGAAUGCUUAAUCGAUGAUGUGCCGGGUAUGCUAAGCUUGUAUGAAGCAGCACAUCUUAGGGUGCGGGGAGAAGAGAUACUAGAUGAGGCUGUUGUUUUCACCACCACUAACCUUGAGAAAGUAACAACUGGUGUAAGCUACCCACUGGCAGCGCAAGUAACUCAGGCCUUACAUAGACCUCUCCGGAAAGAUCUCGAGAGGGUUUGUGCUAGGCGUUACAUGUCAAUAUACCAAAACGAAGCUUCACACAAUGAAGCUUUGCUGAAACUUGCUAAGUUGGAUUUCAAUCUUGUUCAGUCUUUGCACAAAGAGGAGCUCAGUGAGAUCACCAAGUGGUGGAAGGAGCUAGACUUUGCAAGGAAGCUGUCAUUUGCAAGAGAUAGGAUGGUGGAGUUGUACUUCUGGAUAGUGGGAGUUUACUUUGAACCCCACUACUCUUCUGCUCGAAAAAUUCUUACAAAAGUGAUUGCGCUGGUAUCAGUAAUGGAUGAUAUCUACGAUGCAUUUGCUACCUUUGAAGAAUUGGAUAUCUUUACUGCAGCUAUGGAGAGGUGGGAUAUCAAAUGCAUGGAUGACCUCCCAGACUAUAUGCAAAUAUUUUAUAGUGCACUUUUGAAUGUGGUCAGUGAAAUUGAGGAAGAAUUGGCAAAGGAAGGAAAAUCAUACCGAGUUUAUUAUGUUAAGGAAUCAUUGAAAGGUGUGGCUCGAGCAUACUUUGAAGAGGCCAAAUGGUUCAAAGACGAGCGAAUCCCAACCGUGGAGGAGUAUUUACGUUCUGCAAUAUUUUCAACUGGUUAUCCUAUGCUUGCAACUGUAUCCUUGGUUGGCAUGGGGGAUAUUGUAACAGAGGAGACAUUUCAAUGGCUGUUCAAUGAUCCUAAAAUCGUCAUAGCUUCCACAACACUUUUUCGACUCAUGGACGACAUUGUCACCACCAAGUUUGAGAAAGAGCGAGGUCAUGUUGCUUCGAGUAUCGAUUGCUACAUGAAACAACAUGGGGUCUCAGAGGAAGAGGUGAUCGAGGUGUUUAACAAGCAGGUUGUGGAUUACUGGAAGGAUAUAAACGAAGAGUUUCUAAGGCCAACUGCUGUUCCAAUGCCUGUGCUUCUGCGUGUUCUUAACUUGACAAAAGUAGUUGAUCUGCUUUACAAAGGAGAAGAUGGCUACACUCGUGUUGGAAAAGUUAUGAAAGAAUGUGUUGCUACACAUUUUAUUGAUCCUGUGCCACUAUGA